GAACCAGGAAGUAAACGUUUUGAUACGACCGUGUGUAAAAUAUACUCUGAUUUCAAAGCUGAAGGCAUUGUUAAACCUCAAUUUAGAACACGAUGACUGAACUCAAGAAACAACACGGUGAAUGCGGGAAAGGCUGCAUCAAUGACACAACAAUUCAUGUGGAUGUCAAGAACUACUAUGGGAGGACCCUGAAGAAGACUUCAGACUUAAAGAGCAAAGCCUGUGUGACCACAUCCCAGCCUAUCCCGGCCUUCAUCCGCCAGGCUCUGGCGAAGGUCCACCCCGAAGUCACAGCCAGAUAUUAUGGCUGCGGGACGGUUGUGCCAGAGUGUCUGGAGGGCUGCAGGCUGCUGGAUCUGGGCUGUGGCAGUGGAAGGGACUGCUACAUGCUCAGCCAACUGGUAGGGGAGGAAGGACACGUCACUGGCAUCGACAUGACUGAGGACCAGCUUGCAGUGGCCAGGAAGUUCUUAGACCACCACAUGCAAGAGUUUGGAUACAGGAAGCCGAACGUCAGCUUUGUUCAAGGCUACAUUGAGGCCCUAACUGAAGCUGGACUGAAGGAAAACUCCUUUGAUAUCAUCAUAUCCAACUGUGUAGUGAAUCUGUCCCCUGACAAGAGACGUGUACUGAGUGAGGCUUACCGUGUGCUAAAGGAUGGAGGAGAGUUGUACUUUAGUGAUGUCUAUAGCAGCAGUAGACUCUCAGAUGAGAUCAAGAAUAACAAAGUUCUAUGGGGUGAAUGUUUAGGUGGUGCACUUUGGUGGGAGGACCUAGUGCAAUUGGCUCAGGAGGUAGGAUUCACUCUCCCGCGAUUGGUCACUGCCAAUAUUGUCACCGUGGACAACAAGGAACUGGAGACCAUCAUAGGUGAUUACACGUUUGUCUCUGCCACCUACCGUCUCUUCAAGAUUCCCGAUGUUUCAAACAACGGCUGUAUGGUCAUUUACAACGGAAACAUUACUGGUUUUGAGGAAUGUUUGGAUUUUGAUGCUUGGUACACGUUCAAGGUACAUGAGAUAGUGGACGUGGAUGAAGAGGUUGCUAGCAUCUUGACCCAUUCCAGGUUUGCGGAUGAGUUCACUUUCCAACCACCAGGGACACAUGCUGAAUGUAAUGUACAGAAAUCCAAGGUGGGUACGGUGAAUCCCUUUGAACUGGUGCUGCAGCUGGAUUCCACAAGCGCAUCUUUCGGCACAAGGGGGUGCUGUGGCGCACAGCCGCAAUCAUCCUGCAGCAAGUGAUGGGAUACCGUGACCCAAGACUGCAACACAGGACAUGAAUGAACGUCCUAUGUAUGAAGAUGAUUGCAAUUUAUUGGAAAUUAAUUGCAUGGAUUUUUUUUGCAAUGGCUUAAUUAUGGAUUUUGUUUUAAUUUGACAUUUGGGCAAUAUCGUCACAAUCAUAAAGCGUAAAAUCGGUCUGUGUGGCCGGCCUCCGCAUAAAUUGUAUUAAAACCUGACGUGUUUACAUUGGCCUCAAAGUACUGGCACAACAGGUGGGCCUAUUAAAAUGUCUUACACUACUACGUGUGCCCAUUGGAGAAUACAUGAUAGUUACCCCGAUGCAACGCACUACUGCUACAUACACAUAGAUUUUGAAAUGAUGGCUCACAUUGUAAAACCGUAUAGAGCCUAGUAGAACUAAUUGUUUUCACGUGUACCGCAUUUAAAUAAAAAUAUUUCCUCAUGCUC